GUGCCUAUAGUGGCUGUGACCACAGCAGGGUGUGGGAUAAGAGCACUCACUGCCAUGUAUGGCAGCAUUUUGGGUCUUCAAAAGUUGCGUGUUUUGGAUUGUGUUUCAUAUAUCAGUGGCUCAUCUGGCACGACAUGGACAAUGACAAAGCUCUAUGAAGAUGCUGAUUGGUCACGCAAGGAUCUUGGAGAAAUAAUUAUCGAAGCUCGGAAGCAAGCUGCCAAGUGCAAGAUGGGAGCUUUUUGCUUGAGAAGUCUGAGGAAUUAUUACAGAGAGCUGAGCCAGAGGACCCAAGCAGGACAUAAAACAUCUUUUAUUGAUCUGUGGGGGCUCAUGAUUGAAUCCAUGUUAAAUGAUGGGAAAUGCCACCACAGACUUUCUGAUCAACGUCGGGCAGUGAAUCAGGGUCAGAACCCCCUGCCCAUCUACCUCGCCCUCAAUGUCAAGGACAAAGUUGCCACCAAAGAUUUUAGAGAGUGGGUGGAGUUCACACCCUACGAGGUGGGCUUCCUGAAGUACGGCGCCUUCAUUCGUGCGGAGGAUUUUGGCAGCGAGUUCUUCAUGGGGCGCCUGAUGAAGAAGCUCCCCGAGUCCCGCAUCUGCUUCAUGCAAGGAAUGUGGAGUAGUAUCUUCUCCAAAAACCUCUUGGAUGCCUGGCAUGCAGCUGACAAUUCAGAGGACUUCUGGCACAGGUGGACUCAAGACAAAGUGACUGAAAUAGAGGAACAACCAGACUUGCCUGAGAAGCCGUAUGAGAUGGCUACAUCCAUGUUCACCCCCACGAGUGGCCUCUCCACGGCUCUACGGGAUAUCCUGACCGACCGCCCUGCUGUCUCCAAGUACCACAACUUCCUGAGGGGCUUCCAGAUGCACAACGAGUACAUCCAGCAGGAGCAUUUCACAAAAUGGAAAGACACUUUGCUAGACAGCUCUCCUAAUGACCUGAGAGACAACUCGGAGCACUUGGAGUUGGUGGAUGCAGCUUUCUUCUUUGAAACGAGCUGCCCACCCCUUAUGAGACCAGAGCGGAAAGUGGACGUCAUCAUACACUUAAACUAUACUGGUGGAUCACAGACCCAGCCCCUGGAGCAGACUUGCAGAUACUUCUCCCAGCAGGGAAUUCCAUUUCCCAGCAUUGCGCUGAAGGACGAUGAGAACAACCUGAAGGAGUGCUACAUGUUUGAUGGGGCAGACACCCCAGGAGCCCCUCUGCUGCUUUACUUUCCAUUAGUAAAUGACACUUUCCAGAGAUACGUAGCACCUGGCAUGUCACGCAGUGCUGCAGAAAUGGAACAGGGCAAGGUUGAUCUCUCCAGUUUCUGCUCUCCAUACUCCACGAGGGAGGUCUCGCUGAAAGCAGAAGAUUUCAACAAGCUCCUGAAGUUGACUAAUUACAACAUCAUGAACAACGAGAACAUGAUUCUCCAGGCCUUGCGCACGGCUGUGGCACGGAAGAAACAAGCCCUGAGCCAGCCAGUGGCACAAGCACAGUCCUCUGCUUGA